AGUUGGCGGCUCCGCUCCGGCCAAUUCCAAGCGUAUACGACCCGGUCUGUGUGAAAAGAAAAAAGCAGGCCGAUGCUCUCCGAGCCGGUCUGUGUGAACGGACCCUUAAGCUCAUAUUGAAAACGGAAUGUUGUCACUAAAUCAGAACGUUACGAACCACCUUUACGUAUUACAGAUUUUAUUAUCCCUAGAGAAAAAAUGUCUUUGUACAUAAUAGAAUAAUAAAGUCAUUAAUUUACGCCUAAUAAGACCAGACUUGGACACAAUGUAAUCAGAUUAAUAUAUUCCGAUUGCAACAUAUAAUCAUCAAUUACUAUUACAGAUUGAAGAAUUUUGAUUGAUACUGAAGAGGGUGCCCGGAGAUGCUCUGGGGCACUCACUUGACUCAUUCACAUUACUUUUGUUAUACUGAAACUUGACGACCAUUCAUUUGAUUACAAUUUGCUCAAAAAUAUUUGAUCAGUUUGGUGGUGGAUAUUUUUAAUAAUUUCUUAUUCGCAUUUUGUUAUGUUCUUACGACGAUAGUUUUAUAAAUAUUAAAAUUGUCGUCGUCGGUCGUCAUAACUGACAGUGUGUUUGGUAUUAACUAGCAACUCUUAGUUUUUGACGUCAGUCACAUACGACAGCUGACAUCGACAGUUUAGUAAUAUUAUUUAUGGCGGUAUUUUCAUUUUCAUGUUCUAUCGGAUAAUAAAAUAAAAGUAAAUAAAUUACGUUAAAAAAUAUUUAUAAUUUAAUAAUAAUACGGCAAUUAAUUCAUAAAGAUGAGUCGUAAAGAAGCACUUUCUUCCUUUAUUCAACAAAUCCACGGUCGCCCGGUGGUAGUGAAACUUAACAGCGGCGUCGAUUACAGAGGAGUUCUCGCAUGUCUGGAUGGCUACAUGAACAUAGCAUUGGAGCAAACUGAAGAAUAUGUCAAUGGCCAGCUCAAAAACAAAUACGGGGAUGCCUUCAUUCGAGGGAACAAUGUCCUUUACAUAAGCACACAAAAAAGAAGAAUAUAACUGGGUUUUUUUUAUAUAUAUAUAAAAAUUAUAAAUAAUUAUUUAAAAAACGCUGUACUUUAUGACUAAAAUAAAAUGUGAUG